AUUUAAAUCAGAGCAAACUUUGGGUAUAUAAACAAAGGGCGGUUCCACGUUGGUUACCAUAUUUGAAUUUGCUUUUGGUCAAAGCUUUUCUUUGUCCGGUUUGGGUCUACUAAAGCGUCCAGCAUGUUCAGAGUUUUAUUAUUAGCUGCUUUAGCCGUUUUAAGCCAGGCUACACCUGUCAUUGUCAGAGCUCCAUACACUCCAGCACCCAUUUAUGUGCAACCUGCAACAUACGUGGCCCCAGUCGUGGUGAAGGAAGCCCCCAAGCCUUACGCCUUCGCAUACGAUGCUCCAGCAAUUGGUGGUGGCAGUUCAAGACAAGAGACUUCAGAUGGCAACGGUAGGGUCACUGGAUCAUAUACUCUAACCGACGCUGAUGGGCGCAUAAGAGUCGUUGACUACUACGCUGACGAAACAGGAUUCCAUGCUAAUGUGAAGACCAAUGAGCCAGGAACUGCCAACCAGGACUCAGCCGACGUGACCGUUCAGUCUUAUGCCCCUCCAGCUGUAGCUCCAGUCGCGCCACCAAAGGUGGUCGUGGCGGCUGCACCAGCACCAGUUUAUACAGUCGCAGCACCAGUAGCAACCAGUUAUGUGGCUCCGGUUUCUUACAGUGUGCCUACUUACAACUACAGAGCUCCAGUGACAUACGGUGGCUACUACGGUUCAUACGCACCGUAUUAUAGAUCAUAUGCACCAAAAUUAGUUUAUUACAAAUAAUUCUGAUACUUCAAAAUGGACUACGGAAACUAGAAUCAAAUUAAACGAUAAUGUCUGACGGAAAGAAAUAUAAUACUUGUUUAUGUUAAGAAAAUUGUACAGUUGAUAAUAAAGUAGCAAAUUCUUUUUUAA